AUGUCAAUGGAAAAUGAUACUGAGAGGUUACUUGAUGAGCUGAGUGAAAAGUUUGCAAAAACUGUUCUACCGGUUACUGUAAUAGUUGGAAUUGAAACUGUGCUUGGUUUCUUUGGAAACGUUCUGGUGAUUUACGUGUUCUUGAGACAUUAUCGCGUUUGCACGUUUAAAUAUUUUGCAUUAUGUCUUGCUUUUAUAGAUGUAACAUGUUGUAUAACUACGAUGUCGGGAGAAAUGGUCACUCAACUUUACUGGUACACGUAUCCAGAAAGAGUAGUUUGCAAAAUCAAAUCGUUCUUUAACGUGUUCACGGUUAUCGCGGAAGCUCUGUGUUUGCUCACGAUCGCUUUAGAUCGAUAUCGGAAAGUAUGCCGACCAUUCAGCUGGCAAAUUAAACCCCGAGUUGCAAAAUACUUGUGCGGCAUACAUUUUAUCGUUGCAUUUAUUCUAGCCCUUCCAGUUGCAUUUCUUUGGGGAGUACGGUCGGCCACACAUGUGUAUAAAAAUGUUACUUUAACAGUAACACUCUGCGAAAAAGAUGCUGAAUUUGAGACAACAGAAUAUCCUAUAGGCUACAUUUCUACAGUGUGUGGAAUUGUUCAUAUAUUACUGAUAAUAAUGUUUGUACAGUACGUCUUCGUUGCCAGGGAACUCUUCAAAAGCCGCCAUCACAGGAUAGGCUCUAACUUGCCUAUGGUCAAUAAUUGUUCAAAUGUUUUACAAACAGAACAUGACGUCACCGGAAGUCGCGAAGAAUACAGCGACAACAAUAGGGAUUCAGUCAAUGAGCAUCCGGUGGAAAUAUCCAAUUCUACUUGUAUGGACUCCAAAACAGCAAAAGACAAGCCGAUGGAAACAAACCAAGAAUCUAACGACAGAAGUAUUACUGAAGAAAAACUUUCCUUUGAAAGACAGAUUCCACUAAGAGUGAAAAGGAAAACACUGAUUAUGUUCAUUCUAACUUUAACAUUUAUUAUCACAAUAUGCUUGUAUUUUGUACUGGUCAUAUUGAUCGCUAGUCCAGCGGACAUCAUACAGUAUCUGAACGACGGCGGAAAAGUAGCUUAUUUCUUUUGCUUACGUUUAUAUUUCAUAAACCACGUGAUCAACCCAUUUGUUUUUGGGCUUCUAGAUCCUCAAUUUAAAAUUAUUUUAAAAACCUUAGCACGAUCACUUAUGAGUAAAAAUGUAUACUCACAGUAG